CUCACCUCAUGAACCGACAUCACACUACAACAUACACAAAAUCUCCAGGAACCUUAUCAUGGCAUCAGCAACCUUGGUAGGCGACCUACCACCUACAGGUUCGGCACCCGGCGCCGCCAACACUUCCUCCAACACUCAAUUCCCCCCAAUAAACAUUGGGACGCGCAGGUCCGCGCUCGCGCAAAUCCAGGCUCGCUCAGUGGAACUCGCAUUGAAGAAAGCACACCCAGAAAGAACAUAUAAUAUAUGUCCGGUUUUGGCUCAGGGAGAUAAGGACAAAAUCACGCCAUUGCAACAAUUGAGUCAGGGUGAGAAUGCGAAGAGUUUGUGGACCGGUGAGCUCGAAAGCAUGCUCGAGCAAGGAGAAUUAGAUCUCAUUGUUCAUUGCCUGAAAGAUAUGCCAACUCAGCUUCCGGACAACCUCGAUUUGGCCGCAAUCCUCGAACGCGAGGACCCACGCGAUGCCCUUGUCGUCUCCCCUCGUCUUCCCAAAGAUACGACAAUUGCAACCUUGCCCGAAGGAUCGACAAUUGGAACUUCGUCGGUUCGCCGUGCCGCGCAAUUGCGGCGUCUAUACCCAUCCUUCAAGUUUGCUGAUCUUCGAGGCAACGUUGGAACACGGUUAGGAAAGCUUGAUGCAGAGGAUUCACCGUUCAAUGCAAUCAUUCUCGCUGCAGCUGGGCUGAAGAGACUUGGAAUGGAUAAUAGAAUCAAUCAAUAUCUAAGCAGCGACAGCGGAGGCAUGCUUCACGCCGUCGGACAGGGUGCCCUCGCAAUUGAAAUACGGAAAGAUGACGAGGAGAUCAAGAAGAUUCUGAACAAAAUUGGAGAUGAGCGGACGACAAGGGCCUGUUCAGCCGAGCGAGCUUUGUUACGAACCCUUGAGGGUGGUUGCAGUGUUCCAAUCGGAGUAGAAACAUCCUGGAGAGGAGGUAAAGGUCUCACAGUUGGUGCACAGCCUGCGAAGGACUACGACAAGCACGGAGAUGCCAUCGAAGAAGAAGUUGACCUGGAUGAGCAGGAGCUGGUUCUCAAGACACUUGUUGUGAGCGUAGAUGGCAAGGAAUCGGUCAGCUACGAGGUCGCCCGUAAAGUGAGAUCUGUGGAAGAUGCACAGACCCUGGGCAGAGAAGUUGCCAAAAUAUUGGUCGACAAAGGCGCAGACAAAAUCUUGGAGCAGAUCAGCAGGGACAAGCAGUGGGCCGCGAAGAAGGAACUGGAAGCGGCUACAGCUGCCCCAGCUUCGACCUCAUGAGCAAAGACGACAACAUACUAGUACCUUACUUCAGAUCUACCGCUUAACUCAAGUUAAAAACCAGUCACGACUUGUAAAUGAAAUUAAAUCUUUAGAUAUCUGACGGAACCUAAUGAUCCUAUUACUAUGACUUGGCUAUAACGUCGUUAUAAGUAGUUCCAUUUACGAGUACAUAGAAACAGCUUAUAAACGAACAUGCCAG